AUUACCUGCUGUUUCUACCACAAACAAAAACAGAAAUCGGAAAUCAUAAAUCAACUUUAAAGAACAAAAUAGGAGAAUUAAUCCGCAAUAUAUUUAAGAAUAUUAAGAAGGCUUAUGUAUGUAGUUUGUACUCAUGAUUUUAUAUUGUAUUCACAGGUUAAUUUAGUUCUGCUGUGCAUAAUCAUGCGAAUUCUCAUCUCGAAUGCUUCUAAAUGCUAUUACACUAGUAAAGCAUUAAUAUUUACAGCCGGGGUUGGCUUCCACCAUUCGACCCGGCCAAAUCAUUUAUUAAUACAAAACCAAAAGAUGUCUCAUUGUAAAAACUCACAAAAAAUGAAAUUUUUGACACAAGACGAAGCAAUUAAUAUUGAUGUAGAGUUAUUUAACGAAUAUAAGUUUAGUGUCGAUCAACUUAUGGAACUGGCUGGUUUGAGCUGCGCCCAAGCCAUAGCAAAAUGUUACCCAGCCGAACGAUAUAAGCGGGUUCUUAUAUGCUGUGGGCCUGGUAACAACGGCGGUGAUGGAUUAGUGUGCGCUCGACAUUUAUCCCUGAUGCGUUAUCAACCAACCAUUUACUACCCAAAACCAACACCAAAAGAACUAUAUGAAAAUCUAACCCAUCAGUGCAUGCGUCAAUCUAUACCAUUUCUUAAUACAAGCCCAACUCUUGAAACAACAAAUGAAUGCUUCGAAUUAAUUGUUGAUGCACUUUUCGGAUUCAGCUUUAAACCACCAGUUCGAGAGGCAUUUAUACCUAUAAUGGAAAUACUUCAAAAGACGAACAUACCGAUCGCAAGCAUUGAUAUACCAAGCGGCUGGGAUGUCGAAAAAGGAAAAUUAAAUGAAGAUUUCGAACCGGAACUGUUAAUAUCGCUAACAGCUCCAAAACUGUGCGCCAGUUCAUUUAAAGGAAAAUACCAUUAUUUGGGAGGACGUUUCGUCCCACCAGCCCUCCAAGAAAAGUACCAGCUACAUUUGCCCGAGUAUCCAAACUGUGACCUGUGUGUGAAAUUGUAAAUUUGUAAAUGAUUUACCUAUGUACAUAUGUUAGUAAAUACAUAUUUAUUAAAGCAACACUUAUUUGUA